GUUGAGUGAAAUGUGUAGACUAAUUUGUUCAGAAAGGUCUGAGCAGUACAGUUAAUUAUUUUCUAACUCAUGUGAAAACAACAAUGUUCUCAGUUCGCCAUAGUGUUCAAGAGUAUGUGAUAUAAUGUUGUGGAUUCUAUUUUGAAAAGCGUCAGGAAGUCGUGCCAAUGGGGUUAACUGUUUUACGGUUGAUUGCUGUCAAAAGCUAUGCAUGUAUUUAUGUAUACUUGGGAUAUAUUUGAUUGACCAGGAUGUUCUUCUACUAUUUUCAAUAUGCACUCCAAAACUCCACUGGGACUUCUUCUUUGCUGCUUUCUGCAGGUCUGCAGUCUCUCAACCGUUAUAACGAGACUACAGACUGGCAGAAGAAACUGACCCCAGAACAGUUUGUAGUCACUAGAGAGAGAGGGACUGAGGUGCCUUUUAGUGGGAUCUAUCUUAACCAUUCUGAAGUUGGGAUGUACCACUGUGUCUGCUGUGAGGCUCCACUUUACAGUUCAGAGGCAAAGUAUGACUCGGGGACAGGCUGGCCUGCAUUCAAAGAAGCUCAUGGGACAUGGGAGAGGGAUGGAAGCCACACCUCCAUCAUCCGUCGCCCCGACAACAGCCUGGGCAGUGCUGGGACAGAGAUUCUUUGUAAAAAUUGUGAUUCCCACCUGGGUCACGUGUUCGAUGAUGGACCCGACCUGACCGGUCAGCGGUUCUGUAUCAACAGCGUGGCCCUCGCGUUCAAACCAAGGGAAAAGCACACACCUGACAAGGAUGAGCUUGAGUAACCUGUCAUGAAAAAACAAUUGUGUUUAUUUCAAAGUCCCUUUAGGAGGCACAAUUUAGGACCACCUACAUGUCACUCCAUGGUUUUGACCUAAACAUGUAGUGAGAAGCUUUAUGUGGGUGUUAUUCAUUUAAUUUCAAACAUCCUGGUGUAAAGAAUGAAGCUCAGCCUCUUGGUAGGAUUAGUGGAUAUACAGUACGCAAUGGAGGGAAAUCUACAUAAAGAACAAUUAAUUGAAAUACUUACCCACAUUUUUUUUAUUGUUAAAGUUUUGUUGAUUUGGUCAUUUUGAUUUAAAACUGAAUUUAUGAAUGUCUUUAUAUCAGAAUCUGAAACGGUGUAUGUUAGCAAAUACAUAACAUGUUAGUUGGUCAUGGGUGCAUAACAAUGAUCAGUGCAAUAGUGUAAAAACAAUAACAAAAUAAGAAUGUCAAUUUACAAUAAAGUAUGGUAAACAAAUAUAUGAGAAAG